AUGGAUCUGAAGAAUAGCGAUAGACAUGCACUAUUUGAGUUGUAUGUUGGUGCAGUCCGGCUACCUCCUGACAACAACUUUGAAGAAUUCAGAACACUGUGUCUAAAUGGUAUACCCGAUACAGCAAGUGUUCGACAACAAAGCUGGAAAUUGCUGCUAGGGUAUUUGCCAUUCUAUAAACGAUUAGACUGGCCGCGUAUAUUACGACAGCAAAGAGGAGCAUACUACUCGUUUGUAAAUGAGCUGUUGGGUCAAUAUAGAACGGAUCAAAAAGAGUCGCCAUCUGACCAAGACGCCAUGUUGGGGUUACCAGAUUCAAACGUAAACCAAGAUGCAGCCAAUGACCAUCCAUUAGGCAGUGGCCAAAGCCCACAACUGUCUAUCCAUCCAGAUGAGAUUGCUAUUCUCGAGCAAAUUGAUAUGGAUGCUCGUCGUACUUUACCAGAUUUGGCAUUUUUUCAGCUACCAAUUCUCAAGUCUAAAUUUUCGCCAUUAAAUCCAAUUGCCAUUCCAGAUACAACCAGCGGGUUUCCUCCAGUGCAUUCAGGUCGAGCCUUGUUUGAUUUUUUAGAUUCACACAAACAUCAGGAAGGGUUUGGAGCAAGACAGCGAGGUGUAAAGCGAACGCAUGCAUCCAACACUAGCGAGUCUGGCUCAAAUCAAGACACCGUAUUGACAGAUUUGCAUUGGGAAGCUAUUGAAAGAAUUCUUUUUAUAUACGCCAAGCUUAAUCCAGGAAUCGGGUAUGUACAAGGCAUGAACGAGAUUCUUGGUUCACUGUACUAUGUGAUAGCAAACGAUCCGGACGAAGAAUCAAAAGCCCAUGCAGAGGCCGAUACAUUUUUCCUUUUCACAGCACUCAUGUCGAAAUUCCGUGACCAUUUCAUCCGACAUUUGGAUAAUAUGAAGCAACGCUCAAGUAUACUAUCUAGUUAUUCGACUGCGUCCAUUGAUUCGUUGACACUGGCAGUGAAUUCUGAUUCAGAACACGCGCAAGAAACUGGUAUUGGAGAGAGCAUGAAUCGUCUGUUUCGUUUACUAAGUUGGGUGGAUCCUGAACUUUAUAGUAAUUUGGUAAAUGGAUUAAAAUUGGUUCGCAAAAAACUCGAGCCAGUGUUUUUCGCAUUUAGAUGGCUUUCGGUACUCUUUACCCAAGAGUUUCCACUACCAGACGUAAUCCGAAUAUGGGAUACGCUUUUUGCAGAUAUCUCUCUUGACAUUACAGACUACAGUCACCAUCACAGUCGUUUUGAAUCAACGCUCUUGUUGGAUCAAGAUACAAGCAUUAUAUCGCAUGAUCAUCAUAACAAAUCCGAGUUUUUAAUCGAGUUUGCUUGCGCCAUGAUUACAGGCAUAAGAAGCGAGCUUCUUUCAACACCCUUUAAUGACAGCCUUAAACUUCUUCAACAUUAUCCCACCAACGACGUGGAAACUAUAAUAUCCAAGGCAUUGGAAUACCACACCAUAUCCGUAGAAACUCCCCAAAAAUCGUUUGGGUUGGGUAACUUAUUUCGACGGAAAACGUAUGUGGCUACUGGAUCAGAGAUAAAACCUAAUACUGAAGAUAUCACUGGUGAAAAAAUAACAUUGAGUGAUCCAGCUUUAAGUAUACCGAUCAUGCCCAUGUUUGGUCUUGCGACAAUAGCACGUCGAUUCACUAUACACCAUGACGAGCGACAUAAACUGGAAUCGUCUACAACUGACAAAAAUAAAAAUCUGGAGCCUCCUGAAUCCAAGCCUUCAUUUCCAACAUCUGAUGAGAUGAAUGACGAUCCUGAUCAAUCCAAAAUGCAACAAGUGUCCGUACCAUCCGAGUCAAACUCUAAUGCAUUGAGUCAGCUUACUGAUACAAAAAAGGUUACAAUCAAAGGAACCUAUCACACUCCCAUUACAUCCAACUUCUUUGCCACGUCAAACCACAUCAGCAGUGGUGUAUCAAAACUCUUUCAAGCCAUGACACCUAUCAAAAAAUCGCAAGAUCAGCUGCCAAAAAUAGCUUAUCCAGAUCAAAAGGCUAAUGUUGCAAAAAAUGCUUACAUGUCGUGGCGAACCGCUGCAUUGCCAGUAUUAUCUCAACCUGAUCAACACGAAAACAAUAUUGUAUGGCAGCGAUCUAUAUCGAUUGAUGAUGAUGACAAAUAA